GAAAGGUACCAACAACCAGCAAACGCUCAAAGCUAUAUUUACCAGAAAUCUUAAUUGUAAUUCCAUAGAUCUUUGUUUCCUGCAUGUAACUACGUUUGUGUCUCCUUGACGGAAAGAUGAACCUGAUGAUUCGCCCCAGCACUACCACAUUCUUCUUUUCAUUUUCACUCUUUUGUCUUACCAUUCUAGUCGUCGUCGUCGAUUCUUACAAUCCCGUUGAACUCUUCAGUAUCAACUGUGGCUCUAAUGGAAAUUCUUCCGUAGGAAACAGGACAUGGAUUGGAGACAUUGAUUCAAAGCUUUUGUCGUCUUCACAAGACAAAUCCAGUGCUGCCACAGCAAUCAAUCAAUCUCCUUCCAUCAUUCAGGUUCCAUACACAACAGCUCGUCUCUCUCGCUCUAAGUUCAUCUAUUCUUUCCCUGUUACUCCUGGUCAGAAAUUCGUUCGCCUUUUCUUCUACCCAACCUCAUACCCAGGUUUUGAUUCCUUCAAUGGCUUAUUCACGGUGGAAUCCGGUGGGUUUACUCUGCUUAAGGACUUCAACGCUUCCCUCAAUGCUCUGACUGAAGGCAGAGACACAUUGUUUAGAGAAUAUUGCGUCAACGUGGAUGAUGGUGAGAGUCUCAAUUUGACCUUCACGCCAAACUUGACGAACCCAGAUUACUAUGCUUUCAUCAAUGGAAUCGAGAUCGUGUCCAUGCCUACUAAUCUUUACUACACGGAAUCUGAUGGUCAAGGGGUUCCAUUUGUGGGUCAUGAUGGAAGCUUUUUCAUAAUCGGCAAUAACUCUGCUUUGGAAACAGAGUAUCGGCUCAACGUGGGUGGAAAAGCAAUAUCUCCUGAUUACGACACAGGAAUGCUCAGGUCCUGGGAACCAGAUGACAAUUUUUCGAUGAUUGCACAUUAUUUACCUAUUCAAUUUCCUGAGGCGAAUCUCACCUACACCAUGGAACCUGAUUACACAGCACCUGUCGAUGUCUAUGGAACCGCAAGAUCUAUGGGAAGAAACGCUUGGAACAACAUAAGUAACAUCACUUGGGAAUUCUCUGUUGAUUCUGGGUUUACAUACGUGGUUAGGCUUCACUUUUGCGAGCUUGACCCAAACAUUACGAACCCCAGUGACCGAGCGUUCUUCAUCUACAUAGCGGGACAGGUAGCUGAUGAUCGCGCAGAUGUUUUGAGAUGGGCAAAGCAAAAAGGGGUUCCGGUUCAUAGAGACUAUGCUGUUUUUAUAGUAGGAAAUCAGAAUAAGGCUAAGCUUUCGGUCCAAAUGCAUCCUCUCCGAGACAGCCAAACUAUCUACAGCGAUCCGUCGUUGAACGGACUUGAAAUUUUCAAAAUCAGCGACCCAAAAAGCAAUAAUCUCGCCGGACCCAACCCUGACCUUCGCCCUCUUCGUCGGGCGACACCGUUUGUUGAGAAGUCCAAAAGAGGUAGUAGAAAUACGAAGACAAUAGUCGGUGUCGUUGUCGGCGUGGUUGCCGGAAACGUUUUGCUCUCUUUUAUUGCUUUCUUCCUCAUCAUACAAGGGAAGAGAGUCAAGGAUUCAAAAUCCAAUGUCGCCGCCUCCAAGUGGGGUCCACUUGUGUAUAUUACAUCCAAAUCAACCAACACGACUGCCUUAUCUGUGCCAUCUGAUCUCUGCCAUUACUUUUCAAUCACUGAGAUUAGAGCCGCCACCAACAACUUCGACGAACUCUUCAUCAUUGGGAUCGGAGGAUUCGGCAACGUUUACAAAGGCUACAUCAACGACGGUACCAUUCCGGUGGCGAUCAAGCGGCUCAAACUGAAUUCUCAACAAGGGGCCCACGAGUUCAAAACCGAGAUUGAAGUGCUCUCACAGCUUCGCCACCGUCAUCUAGUAUCUCUCAUCGGUUACUGUAACGAAAACAACGAGAUGAUCCUAGUCUACGAUUUCAUGGCUAAUGGGACCCUCGGUGACCAUCUAUAUAACACCGAUAACCCACCUCUUACGUGGAAGCAAAGGCUUCAGAUUUGCAUAGGAGCAGCAAGGGGAUUGCAUUAUCUCCAUGCAGGUGCGAUGCACACUAUCAUUCAUCGUGACGUGAAGACUACCAAUAUCUUAUUGGACGAGAAAUGGGUCGCCAAGGUUUCCGACUUCGGACUAUCCAGGAUCGGACCAACGGGCAUGUCGAAGGCUCACGUCAGCACGGUGGUGAAGGGCAGUGUCGGGUAUUUGGACCCGGAAUACUACAAACGUCAACGUUUGACUGAAAAGUCUGACGUGUACUCCUUCGGCGUGGUUCUGUUUGAGAUAUUAUGCGCCAGGCCGGCAUUGAUCCGUACGGCGGAGAAGAAACAGGUGUCACUUGCUGAUUGGGGUAAGCAUUGCUACCAAAUGGGGUCGCUGGCUCAGAUUGUGGACCCAGCUUUGACGGGAAAGAUAUCGCCGGAGUGCUUGAGGAAGUUCAGCGAGAUAGCUGCGAGCUGUCUGCUAGACGACGGGACCCAGAGGCCAUCCAUGAACGACGUCGUAUGGGGGCUGGAGUUUGCGUUGCAGCUACAAGAGAAUGCAGAACAACAGACGAGCGAAUUAAAGAGGAAGUGAAGAGUUUGGAGGAGAUAAGAGCACCGAGUAUAGUCAAGAUGAUUUGUUCAGCAGUAGUGCAUCCAGUUUCUUGCUUAUAUCGAAUUAUCAGACACAUCUGUAGAAUACUGGAAUCAGAGAAAGAAAAUUUAACGAAGGGGAAAUUAAGGAAAUGAGAUUUUAUAUAUUGAUUGUAUUAAGAAUGGAGGAACCGUUACGUAUCGAUCAUGUGUCUCUUCACUUUCCAACAAUCGUUAUGUUCAUGUUUAAUGCAAAUAUACACUGAC